UUCAAGAGAACGGUAUAGUUGCAGCUCGAACGUUCAGCCGAGAAUUCGCCACUUGUUGGAUUUUUCUGUGGAUCGUGCAAUCGUAAUCGCAAUGGAAUAAUAACAGUUUCUUUAAACACGCUUGGAAAAUUUCCGGAAGUAAUUGACGAGAAAGAUGCGUUCAGAUUCACGGAACAAUGUCGAGGAAUCGAACUUUGGGAGCAGCAUAAUGACGGCAGGGAUGACUUGUCGCAAGUCCUCAAGAACGUCUUGUCAACGGGAACUCGAACUUACCGACUCGUCGUCGAUCAGCGAUGAUACGUGCACCGGGUCGGACGGACAAGGUCGGAACGGAAGUGGGGCAAUUAGAUCCGGCAAUCGGAGGAAGCGCAAGUCCAGUGGCAAAGACAAGAACGUUCGAAGACUAGAAAGCAAUGAGAGGGAAAGACUGCGAAUGCAUAGCAUCAACGAUGCCUUUCAGUCGCUUAGGGAGGUGAUACCACAUGUCAAAAAGGAUCGGCGGCUAUCAAAAAUCGAAACACUCACUUUGGCCAAAAACUACAUCAUCGCCUUAACUAAGAUCAUUUGCGAAAUGAGAGGUGAUCUGGACCCGUCCAAGGACUCACAUGAAGGAUCUGGUGGUGCGGCUGUGUCCUCGGCCACCACAAACACUGGGCCAUCAUCGUCGGUAGCGGCGGCAACAGCGGCAGCUGCCGAAAUCGACAGACGGCUGCAAUUGGUGCUGCAAAAUUCGGACGAAUCAAUGGAUCUUUCUUAAUCGACGACGAAGCAAUAGUAAUCGCCGCCACCAUCACCACCAUUCAUUGUAUCCACCACCAUCCGUACUUACUUAUUAUUAUUUGCUUAUCUGUACGUUUGAAAUACUUUUGAACGUGUUUUGACUAAAUUCAAGUCAGUUUUCUCUAUUUCCGUCAUGUCAUAGCUCAUAGAUAUACAUACGAAUAAUUUUCCAUUAGCUUUUAAGUUGUAAUAAUAAUAACAUCAAAUCUAUUAACCUAUUAGGUAUACCAUAUUAUAGUAUUAUAAAUAAUAUCUCAAUUGACCAUAGUUCUUUACACAAAAGGUUUUCAAUCAGUUUCUGCCUAGUAGAAAAAAAAACCGAAACACCAAUACACAUUAUACUAAACUAUUUAUAAUAA